AUGGAAACUGCUGAGUUCUAUUACGUUUAUUACCUAGCUCAGGAUUAUCUGCAAUAUGUGCUCCAGGAAUCACACCUCGGACCAGCCCAGACCAGGGUUGCUCAUGUCUUGCGAACCAUGGCAUCUUCCCUGCAAGAGCAAACCGAGGAGGCUCUCAGGCCACUCCUGGACAGGAUUGACAUCACCUCUGUAGCUGCUGCCAAGAGAAUUUUCAAAGGAGUCAUGGAUGAAAAGUUUGCUGAUGGAAAUACUAACUGGGGACGAAUUAUGACCAUAUUUACAUUUGGAGGUCUUCUCACCAAGAAGCUUCAAGAGCAUGGGGUUCAACUCACUGCAGAGGAGAAGGAGGAGAUCUCUUAUUUCAUCACAGAGUACAUAAUCAACAACAAAUCCGAAUGGAUUGAUGCAAAUGGUGGCUGGGAAAAUGGCUUCCUAACAAAAUUUGAAAGAAAAUCACUACUGUCUUUCUCCAAAAUUACAGCUCUGUUCAUAGCUGUUGUUUCCUUGUUCAGAGAGUACUACUGA